ACCCGCUGCAAGUUGAUUUUAACCCAUUUUAGACCACAACCAACAGCUCCAGAUAGCGCGCCAAGCAUGGGAAUUAAAGGUCUGAUGAAGCUGCUGCAGGAGGAGGCUCCGUCCUGCAUCAAGGAGGUGGAGAAGAUGUCGGCGCUGGCGGGACACGCUGUGGCCAUCGAUGCUAGUAUGGCGUUGUACCAAUUUCUCAUCGCCAUUCGCUCUGCCGAUGGUGGAGGUCCCUCCCAGGCAUUGACGAAUGCAGACGGCGAGGUGACGUCCCACUUGCAGGGCAUGUUCAGCCGCACUAUCCGUAUGAUGGAGAACGGUCUUAAACCCGUGUACGUGUUCGACGGCAAGCCACCAGUCAUGAAGAGCGGCGAACUAGCAAAGCGUAGUGACCGUCGCCAGGAGGCACAGAAGGCGCUUGAGGAGGCUACGGAGAAGGGCAACGCCGAGGAUAUUGACCGCUUCAAUAAGCGUCUGGUGCGUGCCACACCGCAGCAUAACGAAGAUUGCAAGGAACUGCUAAGACUCAUGGGUGUACCGCACAUCACGGCCCCUUGCGAGGCUGAAGCUUCGUGUGCUGCGCUUGCCAAGGGCGGACGCGUUUAUGCUGCCGGCACGGAGGAUAUGGACGCUCUGACAUUCGGUGUGCCCGUGCUGUACCGUCGUCUGACAGUGUCACCGGCUAAGAAGAUCCCGAUCCUGGAGAUCCGCCUGGAGCGUGCGCUGCAGGAGCUUGAGCUGACGCAGGAGCAGUUCGUGGACCUGUGCAUUUUGUGUGGAUGCGACUACUGUGACUCAAUUCGCGGUGUGGGUCCCAAGAAGGCGUUCGCUGGUAUCAAGGAGCACAAGAACAUCGAGAACUUCCUUGAGGCUCUGCAGAAGAACAAGAGCAAGGGUGUGGUUAUUCCGGACGAGUGGCUGGGAGAAAAUCCCAUCUACAAGAACGCACGCGAUAUGUUCAUUCAGCCCGAAGUUGUGGAUGCCAAGGAGACGGAGAUCAAGUGGCGCGACCCACAGGAGACCGAACUGCUGGACUUCCUGGUCAAAAAGCACGGAUUCCAGGAGGACCGAGUGCUUUCAGCCAUCACGCGAUUGAAAAAGUCUAAGAGCACCCAGUCACAGAAGCGACUCGACAGCUUCUUCACGGUUCUGCCGAGCGCUGGUGGCGCUAAGAAGCGUAAGGCACCUGUAGCUGCCAAGGGCGGUAAGAAGGGUGCUGCUGCGAAGAAGGGCAAGAAAUAAGGAACCAUACUAUUUGAGCCAACUUCAGUGGACAUUUUCUCAUCAAACUAGCUACAAAUCCUUGCCUUAUACAUUACUGUCUGGGACUGGUUCACUACAUCACGACAGUCCCGCUUCCUACAACUAUGUCAGAAAUUAAAUACUUAUCGGCACGGCUUAUACAAUAGAGGCAACAUUGAAGCGCCUCGAUUCUGGGCGUCUUCUUCCCGUUU